GGCAAGAAACAAAAGAGAGCCUGUCGGAAAAGCUACUAAAUAAGUUAAGUGAGAAAAACAAGACGUAAAUAGUCUUCGGAGUAUUCGUUUUUACGGGCAGCUGUUUGAAGUGAAUAAGGUCGCUUCUGCAUUCGCCCAUUCAUCUUCUCAAUCCGCUUACGUGAACAGCCAACAAAAGAUCCUUGAUGCCAAGAAUUUAGGUAGAAAACUAAUGAUAACGAAAGUUUCAUUGACGGGAGGAUUAAGUAGUGUUUUUUUAUACUUUUUAGCAGGUUGCACUGGCCAUGUUUAUCGAUGGCGUAAUCCUUCCUAAUGCUAAUGUUACGCCAUUUUUGACUUGAAUGUCUUCCAACGGAACGUGUGGUUUAAUAUUGGAUUGCACUUGAAAUUUUGAGACUUUCGCCGCCAUUUGUGUACUAGUAUAUUUAUCAUCGCUUCUCUUGGAGUAUUUUAUCAGUACUAUUCUUAUCUCUGCGCGUCAAAAUGUGUGGAACAGCUUCUCAAUUAAGGCUUCAUUUGCUGCCGAUCGUUAGGGCACCGAUGGUGAAAAACCAUGCGAAACGGAUAUGACUCGACCUGAAUCAAUGACUAUGGAUUUUUGAUAUUCAAAUUGACCGGCAAGCUAUUGUGUACGGUUUCCUCGUUUUCCAAGGGCACAGACUUGAAGGAGAUUGAAAAAUGGCUACAACGGAAGGCCUAGAAGCCGCGACAGAAGAAUUUCACAUGGAACAUCAAAAGAAUGUCACGAACGGUUCUUUAUUUUUAGACGAGGGAGGACAUUACAUGGUGCUCGAGCCACAGCCAUUUCGCUGGGUUCUCAGACUAAUUUUCAUUUCAGUAUUUCUUGUUGGUUCGGUGGGAAACUUAGUGGUUUGUUCGGCGAUCCUUCGACGUAAGAGAAUGCAGACAAGCAACAAUAUAUUCACCUUUAACUUAGCAGUGUCAGAUCUGAUGAUCGUCCUUAUCUACCUCCCUUCACAAAUGGCGGCUUUCGAGAAUAAUCAUAAUUGGCCAUUUGGAUACUUUGGCUGCCAGUUCGCUUACAUAAUCAUACCAGUGUGUUUAUCAGCCUCUAUUGCGACAUUACUAGCAAUCACCAGCGAUCGUUAUCGAGCAAUAGCGUAUCCUAUGAAGCCCAAACUCGGUGCGAAAAGCAUAAGGUUAAUACUACUUUCAAUAUGGGUGAUCUCAUUACUGGUGGCUUUGCCUUUGGUGUUUGUAGCAGGAACAGUGAGACCAGAGCCUGGUCAGGUCUAUUGUGAUGAGGAGUGGCCUAAACCCAUUUAUGGAGAAAUCUACUGGAUAUCGAUAUUCGUGAUUCAGUACAUACUUCCAUUGUGCAUUAUCUGGGUGCUUGCUGUGUUGAUAGCUUUAAAGUUAAGAAGAAACUCUCUACAAAUGAUUGAAAGAACUUCGCAUGUUCUCGCCGCUGCUUUUCGACAAAGAAUGAAACAAUCGUCCAAAAUCACCAACAUGCUCAUUGCUCUUAUUAUUCUCUACGCCAUCUGUAUGUUACCUCAACAUCUAGUCUACUUGUUUUCAAUAUACGGUGAUCUCAGUAAGUUUAAAUACAGAGUCUAUGUUAUCAGGUUCGCUAACGUAUUUCCAAUGGCCAACAGCGCGUUGAAUCCCAUCGCGUACGGGACCUUGAACAAGGAAUUCAAAGCCGUUUUUAAGAAUUUUUUUAAAUGCGAGUGUCAUAAAGACGUUCCUAUGGAGGACUCGAUCCAUGGCCAAAGUCAUUUUGAUCGAGGACGUCGCUUGCGAUUGGCUGUUUACAGACACGUGGAUGAUGAUGGGAAUACUGUUGUUAAUAAUUAUGGGCACAACUGGCGAAGGAAGUCUAGCGCCGCUUCUUUGUUUGCUGGGCUGUUUCAACGUAGUAAAAGGGGUUCGGGUAGAGAAAGAAAGCACAGCCGAGAGUCAAUGAGUAGAAAUCGGAAGCAAUCGAAUCAAGAACACCACAAAACAAACGGCAAUGUUAAUAAUAAUCAAUCUUCAAAGGUAGCAACGGAUUCUAUUAUCGAUCUCAUGGACCACCAAGAAAAGAGCCCAUCACCAAAAAUAAGAUUCCAAGAACCUAAAAAAUACGAAAUGGAAAGAUUGAUUCCAACGAGGAUGAAAAAAGGCGAACGAAUACUUGAAAACUCUUCUCGAGUGAAAAAAGUAGAUGGGAAAAACUUUUGCCUGGUCGAGAAAGAUAAACGACCAAAUUUAUGCAAAAUGAAACGGUAUGAUGAAAAUGAUAGUGAGCUGAAGCAGUGUCUUCUCUGUAGUCAGUCCUCAACGGAGUCGAAUGCAACACGUGAAUCAGAACCUAAGCAUGAACAUCUACAUCAAAUCAACUCUUGUACAAGUCAGGAAGAUUCUAUUAAUGUUUCGGGUUCACUAGAAUGGGAUCCAAUGACCACAGCUCCGCCUUUGGUUCAGGAAGAUAAAAUGGCUUCCCACGCGAACCAGAAUGAUACUAAUUGUACCCUUUCUCCUGAUAGCCAAAGCUUUAGAAACCGUCAGAAUGUUGACUUGGAGACUUGUUCUCCCCACGAACCAACAGAACUAAGCGCUUUUAACAAAACAAAUAGCGGAAUAAAUAGCACAAACGAAACUUGCCGCCGGACGAUGGACGACACUAGUGAAAAUGAAAAACCUGAUGUCACAUCAAAUCCUUCUGAUCCUGCUAAUAAUUCAAUCAAUUCUGACAAUGAAUGGCUCACCCUUAUAGAAUCAGUUCAAGAAACGACAGUGUAAGUGCGAUUUAUACAGUAAAAACGUAGGGAUAUUUUUGACGCGAAAAUUAUAGUGCACACGCGUGAAAGAGUAAGAGGGUGGAAAAGCCAUAACGACACGUGGGUAGAGGGGGGGGUGGGGUGGGGUG